AUGGAGGUGUAUGAAAAUGAUCCCAGGGAUGAAAUAGUUAACAUUCGAGGAACAGUGCAAGUGUCACAGUGUAACGCAGUCGGUGCGGAGGCAGAACUUCCGCUCGACACAAGCCUCGAAGUGAACGGACGAUCUGCCAAUUUCGCUUCCAGUUCUGCCCGUGGAGGUGGGAGUGAACGACAGAUGUGGGUGUUGAGGAGGAUGGUGUGUGCGGGAUCCCUGGCCGCUGUUGGGGUAAAGCACUCUCUAACUGCUGCUAGUUAUUCCGGCAGCGCCCGGCCGCUGGGUGCCUGGGCAGCUCUGGGUGGUCGCACAAGGCGCUACACCGAGACCCGUGCGCCCCUCGAAAUCCAUCUGCAGCGUCUCGGAGGCAGCAACUCGGGAAUUGCAACAGUUUUAAUGAACAGACCUCAUGCAAGAAAUUCCCUCGGAAAAGUAUUUGUUAUGCAGCUUGAAGAAGUCGUCGAAAAUCUGCAAAAGGACAAAAGUGUACGUGUCGUAUUGUUUAAGAGCCAAAUCAAAGGAGUUUUCUGUGCUGGUGCUGAUUUGAAAGAACGUGCUCAAAUGAGCAAUGUAGAAGUUGGCCAAUUUGUUCACAAGCUGAGAAGUUUAAUGAGUAAUAUAGCAUCCCUGCCCAUGCCCACAAUUGCUGCAAUAGAUGGGUAUGCACUUGGUGGUGGUCUGGAACUGGCACUGGCAUGUGAUCUUCGUGUUGCAGCAUCUUCUGCCAAGAUGGGUCUUAUUGAAGUUACCAGAGGCCUCCUGCCUGGUGCUGGUGGCAGCCAGCGGCUGCCUCGUACUGUGGGAAUAGGCAAGGCAAAAGAACUUAUUUUCACUGGCCGACAGGUAGAUGGUGAGCAAGCAGAGUCCAUAGGUCUAGUGAAUGCUGUUGUGACUCAGAAUGACUUGGGAGAUGCAGCUUAUCAAAAAGCUCUCAAUCUGGCUGGAGAGAUACUUCCACAGGGGCCAGUGGCUCUCAAGAUGGCAAAGCAAGCAAUAAACAGAGGCAUUGAGGUCGAUAUUACAUCAGGAAUGGCAGUUGAGGAAAUGUGCUAUGCUCAGGUCAUACCUACAAAAGACCGAUUGGAGGGAAUGGCAGCAUUUAAAGAAAAACGACUACCCCACUUUACUGGAGAAUGAAAUGAAAUACAUGUCUAAACUGUCAAAUAUUAAUUACAAUCACAGUUUUAGCACUUCCUGCUCGGAUGCAGUGAAAACCCUACUGCAGUAAACUGGGGAAAGAGAAGUUUAAAGAAAAAGGCAAAUAUCCUGAAACUCAAAAUGGCAAAAUAAUUGUUACCUAAUGUGCUCAAUGAAGCUCUUCUUCAUUAGAUGAGGAUGGAGUUCUUUUACUUCCGCUAUGUUGUUCUAAAAUAUAAAAAAGUUAUUUAAGUAUUGGA